AUGUCGACAAUAACGCAGACCCAGACCACCACUUCCAAACACAUCCAGAUCGAGCAAGAACAAGACGCCCAAAGCGCUCUGACCUGGGAUCUCUCGAACACCGAACCCCUCCACCACAUCCCCACAUUCACCGACAAACAUGCCGAGCGAGCAUGGGCCAAAGGCAAGAUGGCAGCCGCCUUCCGCACCUUCGCACGUCUGGGCUGGGCAGACGGCGCCUCAGGCCACGUCUCCCUCCGCGACCCUGUCAACCCAGAGCACUUCUGGAUCAAUCCCUACGCAGUACACUUCGCACAGAUGAAAGCCAGUGAUCUCGUGCUUGUCGACCACGAGGGCAAACAGGUCAUGCCAACAAAGCACAAGGUCAAUGCAGCAGGCUUCAUCAUCCACUCGAGCAUCCACAAAGCCAGACCGGACAUCAACGCCGCCGUACACCUACAUUCACCUUACGGCAGAGCGUGGAGCGCGUUCGGCAAGGGACUCGACAUGGUCAAUCAAGACGCAUGCAUGUUCCACCGCAACCUCGCAGUCUACGAAGGCUUCGGCGGCGUCGUCCUGGCCGCCGAGGAAGGCGCACGUCUAGCCGACGCCCUCGGCAGCGACAAACAACACCUCAUUCUGCAAAACCACGGCCUGCUUACCUGCGGCGGCACUGUCGAUGAGGCAGCGGCUUAUUUCAUCGCGCUCGAGCGUGCGUGCGAAGGCCAGAUCUUGGUCGAGCAGGCUUCUGCGUCAGGCUUGCAGAGGAAGUUCGUGGGCGAGGAGGAGGCGGAGUAUACGUAUGCGAACACUGGAAUUCCGAAGGUCGCGUAUAUGCAGUUCCAGCCGGAGUUUGAUCUGACUGUUGAGUUGAGUGGUGGGGAGGUGUUGAAGUGA